GCACCUGGGUACAUUUAUGUAAGUAAAGCAUGUUACUGACGGAUGUAUAAGAUAUACCCACUUAUCUAACAUGUAUCUUGUUACAUCAGUAAAUAAAAAAAAAUCCUCCUCAUUGAAAUCGCUUGCCCUCAUUUCUGAAAAGACGUUUUCAGAAAAUAACUAUCAAUAAAAUAUAACAGCUGACCUCCAUUUAAAACAUUAUAUAAUAUCUGUAGCGUACUUAUAUAUCUGUUUGUUUAGAAUGUAUACUAUCAACUAUUGAUACAAUUCAGUGUAGAUAUGUUAGAUGAAAGAUAAACAAAGUUAGGUUUUGCAAACUGAAAAAGACUUUAUAUUUGAUAGUAUACAUUUUAUAACUUAUCAAAUGGCGGAAUAUGUUGCCAUUGUGCCAGGACUUUCAAAUUUGAACUUAAAUAUUGCAUUUGAAAACGAUAUGCAAUUAAUCGCAGAUUCUGUAGAAGGCUUGAACAAACGUCUAACUGAGGAACACAUCAUAGUCCAUAAUGUUUUGCAAAACAUGAUCGCCAUCUUGAAAAACAAGUCAUCUCGUGGAAAGAUCGAAUCAAGGGAAUAUCUAGAAAAUAUACUAAGGCGCGAUCCCAGAAACUUAAAUGCAUUAGCAGAUAUAGAGCAACUCAGUCGUACUCUCCAUAGAACUACAGAAGCGGAUCAGUACAAGUCAAGACUAGAAAAUAUCUUGCAAGGCAAAACUGCUAAUGAUCUUCGCACAAAAUCAAUAUGCUUAAUGGAACAAGGAUAUGCAAUUUUGAAUGAAGAAUCUGCAAACAUCGAACACAUUUCUAAAAAUAGACUUUCUGAAAGCUAUAGGAUGUUAUUAUCAGAGCAUAAAAAGGGAACAGGGCGAAGGAAAGAUUACUUACAACGAUGCGUUUAUCACAAUAAACAAGCAUUGAGCAAUUUGCAAUUGGCCAUUGAAUGUAAACGCCAAAGUGAAUUGCUCACUAGAAGAAUAACAGCUCUUGAGAAAUUCGAGCAGGCCAGAGGCUUGUUCGACGUUACGAUUGAGAACAUUAUUUGGACUUUUUACAUAGGUGUAGCACUCAAUAGAAAAUACGAUUCCAUUAAAGAUUUAAGUUCCGAAGAUGGCAGAGAUAGAUUUCAAGAAAAGAAAGACAUCACCCUAAAAGCAACGGAAAUAUUUUGGAAAAUAAGUACAAAUAAAGGUACAACGAACCAAAAUUUUAUUAUAUACCAAGCAAGGUCGUAUGCACUUAUUGGACACAUUCUUAUCCGACGACAGAAAUAUUUUCUGACUUCUGAUGAUAAUUAUUCUUUUAUCAGUGAUCAGCUCUUUCGAGUUUUUAUGAAUAAUCCAAUUUCAGCAUUUGAAAGAGCACAAGUAAUGAAUAGAAGUGACACAUUUAUUUUGAAUCGUUAUGGAAGAGCAUUAUGGAAUUUAUCAGAACAGCAUCGUGCACCAAAAGAUAAAAAAGAUUUGCUCCACAAAGCUCAACGUUUAUUAUCAAGUUCUAUAAAUGAAAGUUCUUUAAACUGGUUUGGUUAUAGCACCAGAAUGUUAGUCAGAAAAGACCUCGGACAGGUGUAUUUUGGAUAUAAUAAAUCAAAAGCAAGAACUUUUUUCGAACUUGCAGUCAACGAUGGUUACCAAUGCUUUAUUUCGAAAGGAACACCCAGAUCAAUAUGCCAACUUGUCGAAAUUUGUCAGUUUUUAGCAAAGUUUCCAGACAUACGGGAAUAUGGAUUUAGGUACGUUAAAGAAUUUCAAAAAAGGUAUUUACUUAAUGCUUUAGAUUACCUUAACUUUGGACUCCACCAAGGCGGUCCAACUAACUACUUUCUCGCAUAUCAUAUGGGAACCGUUUUAUAUGACUUAGAUGAGAUAAAAUCUGCCGUUGACUGGAUGAAGCGAGCUGUGUCUUUAUCAAAUACUAAAUCAAAUAUUGCACUAAAGCUUGCAUGUCGAUACAUGAUAAAAAGAUAUAUGAAGGAGGUGGAUUUAAAACCAAAUGUAGUUUAUCUAUUGAAAGAGUUCGUGUUUACAAUGAUGAAAGGGAAAGAAAAAUAUGAAAAGAUUCAAGAUGUUUAUAAAUUCAUUUUCAAACACGAGAAAGAGGCUUUAAUGAGAGUAAUUGGGGACAUUUUCAAGAUACCGCACAUAUUAGACGGCCCCAGGGUAAAGUUGAUUACUGAGUGCGUACAAACUUGUACUCAAUUGUUGACUCAUGACAUAGAAAAUUCAGAAAUUUUCCAUGAAUACAUAAGAUCAGUUCCAGACCUGAACCUUAUGGAUGACAUUGAGCCACAGCUACAAGAAAUUUCUCAAACGAAUUCAGUUCCAGUUGGACCAGGAAACAAUAAUUCAUCAGAAGGAUUUGUCUACGACUUCUUUGUCUCUCAUAGUCAUAAAGAUGCUGACUGGGUCUUGAGUCGACUUGUAGCUGAUUUAGAAUCUGCUUUUACAGAGGAUGAUGUGGUCCUUAGAGGUUGUAUAGCGGACCGAGAUUUUGAACCUGGUAAAUUCAUAUUUGAAAAUAUUGAAAAUUCUCUCAGGAAAAGUUCAAAGAUCUUAUUGGUUAUAACCAAUAAGUUUGUUAACAGCUACUGGUGUCAGUUUGAGACCAAUCAAGCAUUACUUGAGUCAAUGGAAUCUAGAAAAGACUGUAUCAUUCCACUUUAUCUGGAGGCGUGUGAUAUUCCAGAUAAACUAAGACACAUAACAUACGCUGAUUUUACUAAUGAUGAUGACUAUAUUUUUGAAAUUAUAAAACUGAAAAGAGCCCUUCUGCCUGAAUAAGUACUGUGCAAACAGUAGUUAUUGAAAAAAGAAGAAUGGACAGACAUUUGUUAGAACCAAAGAAAAAAAAAUAGGUCAAUCUUUUUUGUCAAAAUAUUAGGGAUGUCAACUCGAUGAAGAUUUACUCAUCGAGUAUUCGUUGGAUUUACCGAGCGAUACUCGAGUACUCGCUCGGUAAAACUUUUACAAAAUGAAAACACAAAAUUACAUCCAUGUUAUUUAUUGUGGGCCGUUGUCUUGUUUUAUGAACGUAAAAUCCUCAACAUUAUUACGUAGGACCAGAUAUAUAGAAAAAUGUUUACUCAAACAACAGCAUUUGGGAACCGUAAAAAAACACAUUUAAUGAUCAACAAAGGGGUGAAGUACUCGUUGCCAUCCCUACAAAAUAUAUAUAGGUUGUGGUUGCUUUUCUCUAUGCAAUUUUUACUGAUCUUCCUUGCAUUUAAAUUUAGCACUUAGAUAUACGUGUCUCGUUACAGUCUAGAAAAACUUCUAAGUUCAAUUAGGGCAAAGGAAAAUGUAUUGCCUUUGAUAUGAGGAAAAAGGCAAAUAAUGUCUAAUGAGGAUAUACGAAGUACUUUUGAUUAUCAUGAAUAACAAGCUGUAUGCAUUUAAUGGAUUUUCCCAUGUUACUCAUUGGUUUAUUUUAGCCUUAACCAUUUACAUUUCACAAAUGACGACGGAUAUGUUCCAAAUGUCGUAACUACAAUCCCGUCCCCUUUUCCCCGAGUGUGACCUGCCGAAUUAGAAUUACCACCGGGUUUGUACUUAAAUGAGCAACACGACGGGUGCCACAUGUGGAGCAGGAUCUGAUUACCCUUCUGGAGCACCUAAGAUCACUCACAGUUUUUGCUGGGGUUCGUGUUGCUCAGUCUUUAGUUUUCCAUGUUGUGUUUUGUGAUUUGUUUUUUGUCUGUUUACCUUUUUCUUACAUCAUCACGUGUUUUCAUGAAAGACGUUUUUCCAACAUCUUCAUCACCCCACACAUAGUUAUAAAAGUAUGAUAUAUAAUGUUUUAACGUGUUUUUAAAUAGUCUGAUAAGGUCAACAUUACCGUUCAUAUUUUUAAAUUAAGCUCUUCCAUCUGAAGAUACCAUUUAUCUAGCUAUAGAUACAUGAAAUUGACGAAAAUCUCAUAAACAUCUUGAAAUGAUUCAUUCCAAUCAAACAUGAACAUUUCAUUUUAUCAGAGUCACUGUUACAAUGUAUCAAAUAAAGCCGGUACCUUUUUUUGCGUAACAAUAUAUAUGAUAUUCUUCAAGUUCAGAUGAUGAUAAAAAUUAAUUUUUGUUAUUUCUACCACGACAUACCACACAUCUAUUGAAUAUCUGAUCGUUUUUUUUAUACUUAUUAGUUUGAAUAUCCUUAUUGGUAUAUUCCUCCUCUCUUCUCUAACAAAACAUAUCAUCAUGGUAUGAUUGAUUGAUUGAUUGAUUGGUGUUUAACGCCACUUUCAACACUAUUGUGCUAUUUUGUGGCGGUCAGUUGUUAUUGGUGGAGGAAGCCGGAGUGCACGGAGAGAACCACCGACCUUCGGUAGGAAAACAUCAUGGUAUGAAGAAAACAAUUAAUGUCAAUGUAUAUUUCAACUUUCUUAAACAUCAAUAUUGUAGUUUUGGUGGCACUGUUAAUUAAUUGAUACCAAUUAACUAUUUAGGCAUUGUAUAGCUAAAAUCCAGGGUGUAAAUUGAAACACAUAAGAUGACUUUUAAAGAGCCAACAAAUGGACACAACUUGUUUUGCCAAUCUUAAACUGUCUGAGGGAGGGAGAAAAGAUAGAGAUAGAACGUUAAACAGAUCAUCGAGUUAUCUGCGAUUAGAUAUACGCUCACUCGCCACCAAGUUUCCUAUAACGCUCGCGGCUGAUAUUUUGCGAAAUCAAUUUCCAGAAAAUUGGAUAAUCUAUACAUUUUACAAAAACUACUAAAAUGCGUUUUGUGCAAUGCAGUCUUCUGUUUCAACCAUAUGUCACGAGUCUGGUGUAGACAAAAUUCGUGUAUGUAUUUCUUAA